AUGCUCACAGAUUUCUUCUGGCGGAGCACCUCAUACGAAUCCACCACUGUCUUGCGGCGCGCUCUUCCCUCGCUCUCCGCCGCGCGUGUGUAUCGCUUCCGUCAGCCAAAAUCCUGCCGCAUCAUCGAAGCAAUGGGAAGGACAAUGCUGCACACCACGGCGGCUCGGCACGCGCAGCUCUUCAGGCUGACGCAGCGCAGGUUGCAGUCCGGCAUCUUCACGGCGUGCCCGUACCAUGGGGCCAAGGAGGGAUCUGCCACGGUCAUGGCGCAAGGGGCAAUGGAGCACUGCCCUGUGGUGGGCACAACGCCGCACAUGGGUUGCCCUGUAGAGGCGGGGCUGUGCGACCGCCGGCCGCCGACCAUGUCGACAAUGGUGUCGCAGAUGGGCAAGUCGCAGCUCUCCGCCUACGUGGCUGCCACGGCGUUGGCGGGAUACGUGAUUGCCGGUGGCACCGUUCCCUUAGUUGCGGCCGCCGUCACUGCCGGCACAAUGCUACAGUCCUGCUCCGCCAACACGGCGAACCAGAUCAUCGAGGCACCGUAUGAUAAGCUAAUGAAGCGCACCUGCCGUCGACCUCUCCCGAUGAAGCUCCUCUCACCCCAGGCAGCUACGGCCAUCUCCGGGAUGGAGCUGGCCUUCGGCACUGGGCUGCUGUACUGCGUCAGCCCCCCGGCGGCGGCCUUGGGUGUCUUCAACUGGUUCUUGUACGUCUGCAUUUACACUCCGCUGAAGCGCGUCUCCGCACUCAACACGUGGUUCGGCUCUAUCGUAGGAGGCGUGCCGCCGCUCAUGGGAGGCAUUGCCGUCGCCGGUAUCAUCACGCCGCCGGUGUGGCUGCUGGCGACGUUCCUGUUUGUGUGGCAAAUUCCGCACUUCAACGGGCUCGCCUUCCACUGCCGGCGCGACUACGAGGUGGCCGGCUACAAGAUGCUAGCCUUCUACAAUCCCUGGCGCGCGUCCUUCUACGCCGUUGCCCUCUCUGUAUUGAUGGCCUUCCUCACUCUCGUCUGCCCAACGCUCGCCGGUAUGGAGGUGGAGGGUGUGUGGUACUACUCUGUGACGGCCGCCGCCAACGCGCUCAUGAUCUACAAGUCGCUCCUCUUUCACAACGAGCCGGUGCGCCACUGCCGCGGCUGCUUCGUCUUCUCGUAUGUGUAUCUCAGCGUGGUCCUCGCGGCGAUCAUGCUAAACCACAUUCAGCCGAUGCACCUCGCGCAGCGCGCCAUAGACUAUGUGACUGCGGAGGCAACCGAGGCGUCCGCAGCGUUGUCGGCGGUAACAUCCACCGCAGAGACGUAG